CUCGCUCUGCUCCUCGGAAUGUGUGCUGAAUAGUUGCUGUCAGGAAGAGCGGUAUAGUGAGACACUCUGGGAUUGACUCGGUGUGUGCAGGAGGCAGUUCAACACUGGCGGCGGGAGAAAGGCAGGAGUGAGGCUUUCUUCCUCAAAAAAAAACCCUGUCUCCUGGAGGGAAGUUCUUUUCCAAAAUUCAACCUUUUCGGACUACGGGAAGGAUCAGCGCCGAACACGUAAGGUUUUCCAGAAGGGAGGAAGACGGCAUGGAUAAGACGACUUCAGAACAGCUCUGCUGAAGUUCAGUGGAAAUAAUUAUUACCGAGCAAACAGCCGGAGAGAGUCUGCAGGGGGAUCUGUGGCUUUGCUGGGGGAGAUGUCUUCAAGUCUAACUUGCGCCGGGAUGCUGUGGGCUAUGCUGUCCCUGCUGUGUGCUGCAGCCUCCUGCACCGGCUUCUUCAUGCCCUACUGGUUACUGGGCUCCCAGCUCGACAAGCCGGUCAGUUUCGGCGUGUUCCGCCGCUGCACCUACCCGGUGCGCCAGGAGGGUCAGCUGCAGUCCGUGGUCAUGGUGGAGCAGUGCGGCAGAUACGCCUCUUUCUUGGGUAUCCCCAGCCUGGCCUGGAAGAUUUGCUCGGUGGUGACCGGGGUGGGAUGUGGUCUCCUCCUGCUGGUGGCGCUCACUGCGCUCAUGGGCUGCUGUGUUUCCGAGCUCAUAUCCAGGACAGUGGGCAGGGUGGCUGGAGGCAUUCAGUUCGUGGGAGGUCUACUGAUUGGCUCUGGUUGUGCCCUGUAUCCGCUGGGCUGGAAUAGUGAAGAGGUGCAGCAGACCUGCAACAAUCUCUCAGACCAGUUUGAGCUAGGUACUUGCCAGCUGGGAUGGGCCUAUUACUGUACUGGAGGAGGUGCAGCGGCUGCAAUGCUUCUCUGCACUUGGCUGGCUUGCUUUGCUGGCAAGAAACAGAAACAGUAUCCAUACUGAAACCCCAAAUAUGGACAAAGAAACAGCUCUGAGCAAGAGGGCUGUGGAGGAGGAAAACUGCAGGCAGAACACUUUAUGAAACUUGUCCAGUGUUUCUGUUCAGUUUCGCUGAUUGCUCCGAAUGAAAUUCAAAAUCUGGGAAAUGAGAAGAUUGCAAACUGAAUGUCAAUCUGAACAAAAGCCUCAAGGCCUGGGUUUUAUGAAUCUUUUUCUUUCUUUUUUAAGUGCUUGUUUGUAGAAUACAUGGUGUCAGGCCUUCCAAAUCAUUUAUGGGGAAGGAUAGUGCUGGACAAGUUUUUUUUCCAGACUGAAACUCACUGAUGUUAAAGCAGAUGUUCCCUGUAACAGUUAAUGAUGCUUCAGAACGAAUGGAGACCCUUGAAGAAGAUGUUUCUGUUUGUUUGGUUACAGACGUGUUUUCACUAAUGGAGAACUUCCUAGAAUGGCUCCAUAGGAAAGACAAACUGAUUACAAAACAGCCAGUCAGUUGUUUUUUCUGGGAUCAGUGACUUUUGGGGCAUCUCUCAAGCUCAUUUGUAAAGAAGUCAUGCCUUCUGUUCGCUUUCAAGCUGCUUGGAAGUUUCAGAGAGCAUGCUCUGCUCAGGGGAAUCAAUCUGCAAGUUGGCAGAAAUAGUCACCAUUUUUUUGUUUCCUAACAAAAGAUUUAUGGUGAGCCUAUCGUUCUGCUCUGUACGUGAUAGAUAAAUUUGAAAGAAUGGCACUCCUUUCACACUUUUUCACCUUUUUAUAUAAGGCUGUUCAAUGGACCAAUUUACUAGCAAAAGCCUUUUUUUACACACAUGUACAUAACUAUAAAUAUUAUUAUCUAUCCAUAUGUACACAAAAAUGGGUAGAAUUGUGUAAUUUAGUGACAUUGUUAAAAUUUAGUAAAUGUACUUAAUAGCAGUAUUUUAUGUUCUGUUCCAUAAUAUCAUGUCAAGGUAUAUUGUAUUCAACAUGUGUAUUCUUCAGUAUAUAGGUUUGUAUGGUUCAAGUUUGUGUCAGUGUUUUGCUGUUACUGUAUACAAGUAACAGUCACUUUCUAUGCAGACGUGUAACAAAUCCUGUAAACAGCAAAAAUACAGAAGUUUUGGGCAUGGAUUUUCCUCUUCAUGCCGGAGAAGGGUCAGUGCAGUAAUUCUAUACAAUAGUCUAAUUAUGUUGUAAAUCCAGCCCAAUCUCCUGGGCUAGGGGUCAUUAUGUCUGCAAGGUUGCCUGUAGGGCAGCAAGUGGGAACAGGUCCCUGCACUCCACCAGUGCAAAUAAGGAAAAAAACUGGUUUUGCAAAGACAUCACUGCUGCUACACCAGCAGAACAGAAGGCAAUUUUAGGAUGUCACAAAGAUCGGAGUUAGGUUUCACUACUCAGGCUCAAAACCUAACAAAGUUUUGGGUAUGCAGGACAAUUGCAAGGAGGGAAAAACACCCAUUGAGGGGCUCUUUCUUGAUCAGUGGUAGGGAGGCAGUGAGAUGCUGACCCAGAGAUCACCACCACCCUCAAUAGACGGUACUUCAGGGGACUGAAGUCAGGGUCCAUGCACCCCAUCAUUAUCAAACGAGGAUAGUCAUCAUGAUGGGACAUGGGGAAAAUCCAGGUGGGGGUGCAAUCCGUAGUAGACUUCACUGCUUCCUUUUUCCGCCAGUCUAACCACUUUCCAACCUGAUUUGAGGUGCAAGAUGAUCCAAGCCUUUUGUCUCCUUAUAAUUUCAAACACCAAAAAUUACAUUACUCCUCACUGAUCAGAAGUCAUGACUGCAUCAAUACUCCAAUGUGGGCAUGUGAUAGAACAUACAUGUCUUCACAGCAGAAUUUAUCUUGGAAUUAUAUCCACCAUAAAUUCCUUAAGACAAAACUCUACUCUGUAAUUAUAACUCUGCUUUGAGAUCGCCAGCAUCUCAGUUCACAUGUGGGGCCUCAUUUCUCAUUUCUGACCUCAAUGCUGGAUUGCAGACUCAUCCUGUGAUAAAGAGCAGUUGGAAUUGUCAAAUAAAGUUUCUCCCUUGAACUUGCAAAGGAACUGAUAGAAAAAACAUGACAGAAAGUGGUAUUCUUCCUUGCUGUUGAGUUUAUCUGUUUCUGUUUGGUGGAAUAAUUAUUUCUGAAGGGUUUGGCCUUAACACAUUGAUAUACAAAUGAUGUUCUGAGGAAGGGUCACCAGAGCAGAAAUGUUAACUCUGUUUUUUCUCUCCACAGAUGCUGCCAGACCUGCUGAGCUUUUCCAGUAGCUUGUGUUUUUGCUCCUGACAUAUACACCCAGUUUUCUGGGCCACUAGAUCUGUCAAACCCAAAUAGGCCAAUCCCAUGGUAUAAAACAAAGCCUAAAUGGAAGCGGGCUCUGAGUUUAAUUGACAGUAGUGAAAAAUUUACUAACCAGGAACCAUCUGGCUCAUAGGUAUCUUGCCGCAGGCAGUUCAAAAUCAGGUUUAGACUAAAAAUAUAAAAUGAACUUCUUGUCAAGUAAAACGUCUUACGUACAUCAGAUCGGAAUUUUGGAUCCAAAAGUGAGAGAUUUUUGCUUGACAUUUACACCUUUGAAGAUAUUUGGGCCUGUGACUGAAAACCUGAAGUAUCCUAGCCCAAAUCAAAAAACCAACCAAAAGGCAAAGUGUGAACUGAGAUCACAAAUAAUUAGGUAGCGCUGUUGUAGUUUACAUUGAGCUGAAUGAUCCAACAGCUUUGUAAAUUCCAAAUAGUUGAUGGGAAAAUUGGUAGAGUUAGAAUUUGAAAUGUAUUGUGACUGAAGGUGGUCACAAGAGUUGUUUUGUGAUCAUGUUUAGAAACAUGCCUUCAAAUCACAAUAUCAAAUAAUAGUAAAAUAUGUUCCCUAGAAAUUGUUUGUGUGAUUGUUGAGGUCUUCUGAAAUCUUGGGUAUGUUCUCAAUCGCCUAGCAACUGUCUGGAAUAAGAGCCAAAUGAUUAAACAUUUACAGUAAUACUUAAUAUAGAUGCUAAAUCUGUCAGUGCUCAAAAUGGUCCCAAAAGUCCAAAAUAGAUAAAUGAUUUAUAACAUUCUAAUAUCAUUAGGUGGAGGUGCUUAAAUUUGUUUGUUAUUUUAUCCUCAAGAUAUCUCCCAUACCUCAAUUUGUGAUACAGAUGAAAGCUUUAACGUUAUAUUGAUUAUCAAGAGGUCACCAUGUCCCAUUUAGUUUACUGUAGCUAUAGAGUAAUUUUUUUUAAAAGUCUAAAGGCACUUCAGAUAUCGAAUAGAACUAAAUGCAGUAAUUGACAGAAUUUAGGUCAUCAUCUGAAAUUUGCUUUACAUGUAAUAAAAAUUCCUGGAAGCUUUAAGAUGAAAGAUUGAGGGUUUACAGGAGACUGAGGUUCAUUUCAGCUAGAUUAUUUUAUUUAAAGCAGUUGGAGGAUUAGUUGCAAUGAAAUUCUCUUCAACAAGCAUUUCAUUGAUUGGAACCAUCUCAUAAGGAUGUUGAACUAUGUGAGGGUGAAAUUUAACUUCUCUUAAUACAGAGGAAAGCCAGUGCAAUACGUAAUCUAUGAUUUUCCAGUUGGUAGUUUACAGUAUUUUGUAAUACCAUAAAAGUUUAGUUUCUCCCAAACUCCUCCCACAUCUUCACCAUUGCUUUCUGUCAUCCCACCAACGUGUUGUUGCAUACAAAAGCAGCAGGUUGCAAAAUUAUCAGGAAGAAGUGAUGUACAAUGGUAGGAAGCUUUGGGAUGAAACACUGAUGAACUGACUGAUGAACAAUGUAGGAAGUUUUGGGAUGGGAAUUCUUAGCUGAAGCAUGCCCUCCCAUGCGUUGCCAAUCUCGGGCAUGCCAUAAGUAGAGUGAAAGCAAAAUUAUUUGCUUGGUCCACUUAUGAUUGAUUCCUGGUGCCUCAAGAACAUUGUAGUCAGAGAAUGUGGAACAGUCUGUCUACUGUCUGACUUAACAUUUACCUUACACCUACUGAAUAGCUUGGUGUUAAGUUGAGAAGCAGAAUAAAGUAACUUCAGCAAGAUGGUGUGCACAUCGAGGACCAACAGGGAUCAAUAUGAUCUUGCCCUCCACUGUCCUCUAUUGGUCCAUUUAGAACCUGCCACAGGAUAAUUUUUUUUUCUGCUGACUGAGCAAGAAUUGCUGUUCUUUUGUACUCUACAUAUACAUGCUACUAUUAUAUGCAUAUAUAAAAUAUAAUUCUAUUAUGUACAAGUUUGUACAUUAUUAAGUAUUGCCACAAUAAGGCUACUGGCAUGCAGACUAUAACCUACUUCAUAUGAAACAAAGAUGUAUGCCAAGUGGUGCUGCCUCUGAGUACCACAGAUAUGUUACCAUAAGAUCAUCAUAUUUUGUAAGCUUUUCGAGCUACCAAUUUGGGAAACACUAAAGUUGAGAGCAAUUCUGAACUUAAUGUUAUGUUUGUCUGCACUUGUAAUCAAUGCUAUAAUCCAAAUCUGUAUUUCUUUCCAAUAUAUUGUUUGCAGUUUUUAAUACUUUGCAACACAUCAGUGCAACUGUUAAAUAACUGAUUUUCAAAAAACACCAUGUACUUUUGCU